GCGGGAGAUUUCGUCUAGUGAUGUACACUUGAACCCUUGGUAACUAGGCCAGGGUUCGCGGCCGUUGGCCACGACACUUACCCUUGCUCGACCACUUCCAACGUCACGAAGAAUCUGUAUGUACGAUCCAUCGCGGAUGCGUGAUCUGCGCUCCGUACUUAUCGGGCCUUGGAAGGCACUGGCAGAUAUCCGUUUAAGCCGGCCGCUGAGAGUGCGCCUGUAUAUAAAGGCAACAUGAGCCCCCGAAUCCCAGUUGCAGCAGCACACCGGCAGUCGCCUCUACCGAACCAAGACACGGGUCGGGACCACCAUGUCGCAUGGAAAACAGUUCACGUUGUUCACGCAUGCCAUGGGUCCCAACGGCUGGAAGGUCGCAUAUGUCCUCGCCGAGCUGGGCUUGGACUACGAGCCGAGAUACCUCGAAUUCGACAAGCAGGAGCAAAAGAGCCCUGAGCACUUGAAAUACAACCCGAACGGACGCAUCCCGACGUUGAUAGACCAUGGGAACGACGACUUCGUCAUAUGGGAAUCCAACGCGAUCAUGGUGUACCUCGUUGAGAAGUACGACAUUGAGCGCAAGAUUUCAGUUUCGGAUGCCGACGAGAAAGCCCAGCAACUCCAGUGGCUCUUCUUCCAAGCUUCCGGCCAGGGCCCCUACUACGGACAGGCAGCCUGGUUCAAUCGGCGGCAUCCCGAGAAAAUACCCAGCGCCAUUGAACGCUACCAACAGGAAGUCAUCCGUGUCCUCGGCGUGCUGGAGAGCGUCCUCUCCAAGCAGGAUUGGCUUGUCGGUGGCAAGUGUACCAUCGCCGACAUAUCCUUCGUCCCUUGGAACGCAGGUCUCACCCUGAGCCUGCUUUUGGGCAACAAAACUGACUUCAACCUCGAGCGAGACUUCCCUGCCGUCAACAGGUGGCAUAAUGCUAUGGUGACAAGAAAGGCGAUUGCCGAGCAGAUACAGCUGAGAGAGUCCCUGGUGACGCCGUAAAAGAGGUCGUAACUUAGCGUAUGAUGAACAUCAACUCCGGCCCAUAUUUUAAACGUC